UUUCACCAAUUUAAUUAACUUUUUUCAUUUGUUUUCUUUAGCUUUUAUCUGCCGACAGAAGCUCUGAGUACCAUAAAAGAGAACACUCAGAAUUGUGUGACAUGUAACACAAAACUUGGUUCUAUUCUUCUUCACACCCCCUUCUUCUUCUUCACACCCCCCUUUAGACAUGGAUAUUUGCAACAAUGUAUCAGUUUCAGAAGAGUUUCAACAAGAGUUUUCUACCAUUGAUGACCUUUUUCCUGCUCACAACACGGAAGUGGAUUUAGGGAUGGAGUGGUUGUCAGUGUUUGUUGAAGAAUGUUUUUCAAGUAAACCAAGUUGUGUCAUAGCACCUUCUUCUAAUGUUCAAAUUCAAGAAAGUACAAACACAAAACCUUCAAACACAAUGCAAAAACCUCAACAACAAAAUCAAUCUUAUUUGCAAAAUUUUGUUGUUCCUGGAAAAGCAAGAAGCAAGAGAAAAAGACUUUCAGCUCCUAGUACAAAUAUUUGGUCACAUUCACAUCUUAUAAGUGAUGGUAAUUUGAUUUCAGAUCCUCCUUUGUUGAAACAAGCUUAUUGGUUAGCCGAUAGCGAACUCAUUGCUCCGAAAAACGAGCAAAAAGUCUCUGCAGUUGCGUACGGAGAUCAGAAAGAAGCAAAAAGAAGGGUGAAGAAAGAGAGUUAUGAGGUUGGAAUUAUUCAAGUUAAGAAUAGUGAGAAUGUUAAUGAUGAUGAUGAGGAACAUAUUCCAAAUGCAAGAAGGUGCACUCAUUGUUUGUCACAAAGGACCCCACAAUGGAGGGCAGGACCAUUGGGACCAAAAACACUAUGCAAUGCAUGUGGUGUGAGGUACAAGUCUGGUAGGUUGUUGCCAGAGUAUAGGCCAGCAAAGAGUCCUACUUUUGUUAGCUACUUGCAUUCAAAUUCUCACAAAAAAGUUCUUGAGAUGAGAAUGCAAUCUAUUAAGUAGGGCUUAAUUAGUGAUUAGUGAAGUUGGUUUAUAGUUUAUGUUAUUUUCAUGUAGACCAAAAGAUGGGUUUUAAAGACCAAAACAUGUUUUUUCAUGAAAAGUAUAAUUAAGUAGCAUGUUUAGAUUAUUAGAGUUUCUAAUCAAUUUUAAGAGGAACUAAAUCAUGGCUUCA